AGAACACACCAACACCAACACUAACCUUGUUUUCUUCGUCUUUACUCUUCUCUUCACAGAAGCGUAAAAACAAAAGGCUUGACUAGAGAAAGAGAGAGAGAGAGCUUCGAAUCGAAACUCAGAAGUAGAAAGAAACACAAAUCACAAUCGCUAUGGCUAGGUACGACCGAGCAAUCACCGUGUUCUCCCCUGACGGCCAUCUCUUCCAGGUCGAGUACGCCCUCGAAGCCGUCCGCAAGGGCAACGCCGCCGUCGGCGUCCGCGGCACCGACAAUGUUGUCCUCGGCGUCGAGAAGAAAUCCACCGCCAAACUCCAAGACUCCAGGUCGGUGAGGAAGAUAGUGAAUCUGGACGACCACAUUGCGCUGGCCUGCGCGGGGCUGAAGGCCGACGCACGUGUGCUCAUAAACAGGGCACGUGUGGAGUGCCAGAGUCACAGGCUCACCGUGGAGGAUCCCGUCACGGUUGAGUACAUAACGCGGUACAUUGCGGGGCUCCAGCAGAAGUACACGCAGAGCGGCGGCGUGAGGCCCUUUGGGCUUUCGACUCUGAUUGUCGGGUUUGAUCCCUACACUCACUCGCCCUCCCUCUACCAGACGGAUCCCUCUGGCACGUUCUCGGCGUGGAAGGCGAACGCCACCGGGAGGAACUCGAAUUCGAUUCGGGAGUUCCUGGAGAAGAACUAUAAGGACACUUCUGGCCAGGAGACUGUCAAGUUGGCUAUUCGCGCAUUGCUUGAAGUUGUUGAGAGUGGAGGGAAGAACAUAGAAGUUGCUGUGAUGACUAAGGAGCAGGGUCUGCGUCAACUGGAGGAAGCCGAAAUUGAUGCCAUCGUUGCUGAGAUCGAAGCGGAGAAGGCAGCUGCAGAGGCUGCUAAGAAAGCCCCUCCUAAGGAGACAUAAUUUUCUGUUUUGUGUUAUGCGAGCAUUGUUCUUGCUAGGUAUUGGCUGUACUCACUGAAGCUAAAAAUUGAUGCCAUUGUGUCUGAGAUUGAUGCAAAGAAAACGGCUGCUGAGGCUGCAAAGAAUACCCUUUCUAAGGAGACAUGAUUUUAUGUUACUUUUAUUUAGCUCGUGAAUUGUUCUUGCUAGAUGUUGGCCUAACUUAAAAUGACUGCUUUAUUGUUUUUGGGUACUGCCAUUAGUGUUGGUCAUAUUUAAUUGCAUGUCAUUAUUAUUGAAGUUCAAUUGAGUAGGGUGAUACACAACAUCUUCAUA